CGCCACGUGACGGGGAGCGCAGGGCAGCGGGUUGGCAGGCGCACUUCACUCUGUGGGCGCGAUGUGGGCCCCCAGCAUGUGGCGGGCAGCGUUGUCCCCCGGCCGCCGCGCGCACUCAGCGCUGGCGCAGCUGCGCGGCAUCCUGGACCACGAGCUGGAAGCGAUCCGAGGCGCCGGCAUCUGGAAGAGUGAGCGGGUGAUCACAUCCCGCCAGGGACCUUGCAUCCGCGUGGACGGUAUCUCCGGAGGAAUCCUCAACUUCUGUGCCAAUAAUUACCUGGGCCUGAGCAGCCACCCUGAAGUUAUCCAGGCAGGUCUGCAGGCUCUGGAGGAGUUUGGAGCUGGCCUCAGUUCUACUCGAUUCAUCUGUGGGACCCAGAGCAUCCAUAAGAAUCUAGAAGCGAAGAUAGCUCACUUUCAUCAGCGCGAGGACGCCAUUCUCUAUCCCAGCUGUUUUGAUGCCAACACCGGCCUAUUUGAGGCUCUGCUGACCCCAGAGGAUGCAGUCCUGUCAGACGAGCUGAACCAUGCCUCCAUCAUCGACGGCAUCCGGCUGUGUAAGGCCUACAAGUACCGUUACCGCCACCUAGACAUGGCUGACCUCGAAGCUAAGCUGAAGGAAGCUCAGAAGCACCGGCUGCGCCUGGUGGCCACGGAUGGAGCCUUCUCCAUGGAUGGUGACAUCGCUCCUUUACGAGAGAUCUGCCGCCUCGCUGCUCAAUAUGGCGCCCUGGUCUUUGUGGAUGAAUGCCAUGCCACCGGCUUUCUUGGGCCCACUGGACGGGGCACAGAUGAGCUGCUGGGUGUGAUGGACCAGGUCACCAUCAUCAACUCCACGCUGGGGAAGGCGCUGGGUGGGGCAUCAGGUGGCUACACCACAGGGCCUGAGCCUCUGAUAUCGCUGCUACGGCAGCGCUCUCGGCCCUACCUCUUCUCCAACAGCCUGCCACCUGCUGUUGUGGGCUGUGCUUCUAAGGCCCUGGACCUGCUCAUGGAGAGCAACGCCAUCGUCCAGUCAAUGGCUGCCAAGACCCGGCGGUUCCGCAGUAAGAUGGAAGCUGCUGGCUUCACUGUCUCAGGAGCCGAUCACCCCAUCUGCCCUGUGAUGCUGGGUGAUGCCAGGUUGUCGUCUCAAAUGGCAGACGACAUGUUAAAGAAAGGCAUCUUUGUCAUCGGAUUCAGCUACCCUGUGGUUCCCAAGGACAAGGCCAGGAUCCGGGUGCAGAUCUCAGCAGUGCACACUGAGGAGGACAUUGACCGCUGUGUGGAGGCCUUUGUGGAGGUGGGGCGGCUACGUGGAGCUCUGUCCUAAGCUCUGGGCAGGGAGCAGCAGAGCCAGAGUUCCUCUACUGCCAGUGACAUAGGGGUCCUCUGGUCAGCCCAGACUAGAGGCUCUGACUUGCAGAGCCUGGUUGAAAACAGGCCUGUACUUUUGGCUGGAGAGACAACAAUGUGGAAAUUGGCUAUGA